AUGUCCGGUGAGUUUCCCUUUACGGCGAAGAUAGUCAGUCCUGUCAAGUGCAAUGAGAAACCUUGGGAUCUAUGGGUUAGUGAAAUAGGGCAUAUUUCGCCACGUCGUGACGAUGACGGCGGAGUGUUUACGACACCAGCGGCCGUGGACGCGAAGGGUGUCGCGUCCGUGCGGCGAGUGCACGACUCUCAUCCAUAUAAAUUGGCGGAUAGAGGACAGGCGAGGUAUAGACGCGCGGGCCUCAACCGCCUCAAGUAUGAGAGCAUGAGCCUCCAUGGACUCUUUCCACAGAUGGACAAUUUAAAUGCAGCUGUGUGUCACAUGUGUGGAGUGGUAGUGAAGUGUAGUGCAGCAUAUAGACAUUUACUGGAGUCCCACACAGGAUGUGAGCCUAUUCUCCCUCCACCGCCCCCAGCUCCCACUGUUAAGCUGAAAUCAGUGCCCAGCAGGAGCAGGCAUAAAAAGGAGGUACCACCGCCGCCUAUUCCUGUAGAUUUUCUCCCAGUGAAAAUGGAAACAUCCCCAGCACAUAAUGCAGCAACCCCACUAUCUAGGAUAGUGCUGCCACAGCCGGAAAUGCAAUAUGUGGAUGAGGCAAGUACAUCGGCAGCUGUAACAAGUGAAGUACAAGUGAGCAUGGAGAGUGGAGAGUUACCAGUUGUCAGUAUACAGGACACAGAGGACUUGCCCCUCGGUGAGAACAUUACAGAUGACAUAUUUGCAAUAAUGAAUUCUGAAGGAAUUCAAAGCGCCGAUGACAUCACAAAUGCUGCUGACUGGAAGAAUAUUAUAAGAGAUAUAGGAAACAUGCAGGAGAUUAAUUUUCCCCAAACCACCGAUACUGUGCAAUCACAAGACUUAUAUACUGCUGUAGAUGCAAACUCUCUUUAUACAAUAGCUGAUACUGAUUUAUCAAGUUUACAAUUUGCAAAUAACACAUCUCCAAUGCUAUCAUCUGUGAUAGAUACAAAUGUACUCAAUGCUCAAGCUUUAAAACCGGUGACACCUAGUACACCAUCGACUAAGUCGCAUUCAAGAUCAAAAACAAGUAAAUCCAAGUUUAACUUGCGAGAAUAUGAUCCGAACAAACACUGUGGUGUGGUAACUGCAGAGAACCCUAAGCCUUGCACAAGGUCCUUGACAUGUAAAGCUCAUGCAUUAUCAUUGCGGCGAACUGUGGAAGGAAGGUCGAAGCCCUUUGAUACCCUUUUAGCAGAACAUAGAGCUUCAAGAGAUGCUAGUGCAGCUACUUCUACUUCUGCGCCUGUAUCUCUCCAUGUACCUACAGUACAGCCAGCACCUCCUACGCCACUCAAUCUCCCACCACUCCUUGACACAAAUAUAGAUCUCAGUGCUUUUAAUGGGCUUACCACUGAACAGCAGGUCAAUGAUAUAUAUGCAAGCUUGCUCAAUGUCGAAGACCCUAACUCUGUACUCCCCGACACAUCAAGUAUAACCUCACUACUAAGUCAACCAUUGCCGCCGGGGCCCUUUCUGCUUCCUGAUGAUGCAGAUAUUCCAACUGAUGUUCCCAUUAUUAGUAUAGCAUCGCCGGUCGACCCUGUGCCCCCUGCAAAAGUAGACGAAAAACCUGAAGGUCCUCCACCAUUAGUUCCGACCGAUGUAUGUUGGUAUUCAUCAUGUCCAAGGCCUCUUGCAUUGUGUACCUUCAAUGCGUCACAUGCGGGAGGUGCCAUCACAUUAGGAAAAAAAUUUGCAACAGUCCGAAGUAAUAUCAAGUCAUCCCUCACACGGUCGUGCAAGUCAAGCAGUUCAGCAAACAAUUACUACUACCCAAAUGCAUUGUCUUUAUCAAAGUCUAUGCAUAUGAACAACUCAAGUAAAUCUAAUAAGCCUGAAGUGCGUAAACUUAUAGUGACGUGCAGUGCUACUAGUGGGGGGAAAGAUGUGCAGCAGACAUUGAGUGAUCUGUUUGGGAGUGUAGAAAUGAGGCAUACGCUAAACGGGCAUUUAGCACAUGUGGAGAGGAAACCUAGAUCUAGUUCAAUAAAGAGCUCCAAACGGCCAUCAGCGGCAGUGUUAGAUUUAGGUUUUCCUCUGGACCCUCUCCUAGCAGAUGAGAAAUGCUGA